UCAUGGUGCUUGAUCAAUUAUAAUGGAUUCAAUUCACGAUAAACAAGAAACAAAAAAACAAAAGCUUGAUGAAGAAGUAACUCAAGUUGAGGAACAACCAGAAGAUACAGCAACUGUAGAAUAUGAUGAAGGCGAAAUGAAAUUAGGCCAGGAACUCAUUGCUGCUGUCAUUGCUAACGAUCUUGAAAAAGUAAAGGCACUCGUUGAACAAGGUGCAGAUCUUUGUUUUAGUGGAGAUGAUCUCGGACGUACACCUCUUCAUCAUGCUGCUGAACACGGGUUUAUGGAUAUUGUCACUUGGCUUCUAUCAGAAAAGCAUCCUUACAAUUUAACUGAUAAAAAUGAAGUAACAGCAGGUGAAUUAGCCCUAAAAAAUAACCAUAAAAAAGUAUAUGAUUAUCUUGUAGAGGAAGGUGUUCGAACUGAACUUUUAAUACGUGCCCUUAAAAGGGCAUUUGGAGAUGACGAUGAGGAUAUAAGCGCUAUUGCAAAUGAAGCUUAUCUUAAGCAGAAGCUACACUAUGAUGAUAAUAAAUUGAUGGAUGAAAAUAAUGAUGCAGUUAUGAUGGGAUGGGAAGGACCAUUAAUGGUUGAACAUGCUAAAGUGAUGUGUCCCAAAAAAGAAGGGCUUAAUGUUCUUAACGUAGGCUUUGGUUUAGGGUUAAUUGAUAGCGAACUUCAAAAAUAUAAACCUCAAAAUCAUUAUAUUAUUGAAGCGCAUCCUGAUGUUUAUGCACAUAUGUUAGAAUUAGGCUGGGAUAAAAAGCCAGGAGUUAAAAUUUUAUUUGGUCGUUGGCAGGAUAAGAUAUCUGAAUUAGAUAUUGCAUUUGAUGGCAUCUUUUUCGAUACAUACGGAGAAUUUUAUGAUGAUUUACGUGCUUUCCAUGAAUGUGUACCAAAUAUAUUGAAUGAAAAGGGAAUUUAUACUUGGUUUAAUGGACUAGGAGCAACGAACCAAUUCUUUCAUGAUAUUUAUUGUAAUGUAUCUGAAAUUGACUUGCGAGAAUUUGGUCUAAGCACCGAAUAUAUUGAGAUGCCAAUCUCUACUUGGGCUGAACAAGGCGUUUGGGACGGUGUUCGUCAAAAGUAUUGGGUUCUGGAUACAUAUAAAUUACCUAUUUGUAAAUUUUUAUUAGAGUAAUGAAAAAAAAUAAAAUGAAUAAAUAAUAUACAGAAGCAAUACAUUGUAUGAUAGCAUUCAAUGCAUUCUAAUUCUAAAGCUGUCAAGACUAUGGGUAGAGACAUU